GAAGCUAUUGUUUUUGUAUUGCUUUUUCUUAAAGCAAAUCACAAAUAAUAUAGCUGUUUAGCCUUAUUUUUAGUCAUUAAAAAGCUGAACUUACUAAACUACUGUGAUUAUAAACCUAAUGUUGAUCAGAAAAGCACUCAGACUUGUUGCAGAAGGUAGGUCCUUUUUCCCCACAGUCUUUGUCCGUCUGUUUACUAAUUCCAGCAGCAUGGCCAAGAGCAAGUUUGAGUAUGUCCGCAGCUUUGAAACAGACGACACAUGUCUGAGAAACUGCUACAUUGUUGUCAGACUCGAUGGUCGCAACUUUCAUAAGUUUUCAGAGCAGCACAAGUUUACAAAACCCAAUGACGACAGGGCUCUGGGGUUGAUGACCAGGAGUGCACGCUCUGUCAUGGAGGAACUGGAUGAUGUUGUUAUUGCUUAUGGUCAAAGUGACGAGUUCAGCUUUGUUUUCAAGAGGAGCUCCACCUGGUUUAAAAGAAGAGCAAGUAAGCUCAUGACCCACGUGGCUUCUCAAUUCUCCUCCUCGUACGUGUUCUUCUGGAAGGAGUUUUUUGGAGAACACCCCCUCUUUUACCCCCCAGGCUUUGACGGACGUGUGAUUUUGUAUCCCAGCAACCGUAACCUUAGAGAUUAUCUCAGCUGGAGGCAAGUAGACUGUCACAUAAAUAAUUUGUAUAAUACAGCAUUUUGGACGUUAGUUCAAAAAGGAGGACUCACAACAAUUCAGGCCGAGGAUCGCCUAAAGGGAACAUUAGCUUCAGAUAAAAACGAGAUCCUGUUCUCAGAAUUUGACAUCAACUAUAACACAGAAGCUGCUGUUUACAAGAAAGGCACCACUCUCAUCUGGGAAAAGCGGGACGAGACAGUCGCCAAACGCAAGAAGCUACCAAACGAGGAGCAGACGGAGGUGCCUGUCACACGGAGCAGGAGGAGAGUGGAGGCGUAUCACUGUGACCUGAUUGGGGACCAGUUCUGGGACGAACACCCAGACAUCCUUGAGGAUGAUAAUUGCUAGCAGCUACUCAUCUCAUGAACGAGAAGAACUCAGCUCCUCUCCGCAGCGGGUUUGGAGCUGGAUCAGUUCGCUUGUUAUGACUGUGAUCAUGUUAUAGCAAUGAUAGUUGAUAGAUUUUAAAGAUUUCUAUUUCAAACAUGUUUU